AUGAUUUCACGUAGAUUUUUAUCUAUCUCUAGACCAUUAUUGAAAUUGAAUAAUACCAAGGUUUCAAUUCCCAAGACCAAUGAGAGUAUACCUGAUGUUGACACAUUUUUAAAAAAGAUAGGCAGAAGUUGUCAUGAAGCCUCUGAGACUUAUGGUAAUAAUUGGAGCAACCUAUUUACUUGGAAGUCAAGAGCAUUAAAAAGAAGAGGUAUAACUGCCCAACAAAGAAAGUACAUCCUUGAACAAGUUGAAAGGUACAAGAGAAACAAGGAAAUUGUCCAGGUGGAUAAGGGUAAGAAAUCAUUCUUUGGUGGUGAAAGACAUAGAAAAGAGAAUCAUGCUAAAUGGGAAGCUGAACAAAGGGUCAAAAAUUGA